CUCCGGGUCGUCUGCAGUCGCCGCCGCUUCCAGAGUAGCGGAAAGCCGCUAGAUGUGGCGUAAACGAGUUUAGCCCUCCCCCCCUACGUUGGUCUGUCCCGAUCGCGCCCGUCAGGCUUGCCGCCCGGUUAUGGGCUCCGCGAAAAUCGGGGAGGCGGGGUAUGGGAGGCCUUAGCGCGGGAGCCUAGGCAGGGAUCCGCUUCGGCCCUUGUUUCGAUUGUCAGGGUUGAGCACUGGAAUACCCGUCUGUUUACUAAGGAACAACCGAAACUCGCGCUUCUAAAAUGUACUGAGUAUCAUUUGCUCUUCCUUGGUUAAUGUAGCCACAAAGUCCACCCAGCCACCUGCAAUCAGGUGAGAGGUCUGCGUGGUAGUGUAUCGAUUGUGUGGAGGGGAAGGAACGGCUCUUCCAUACCACCGUUCUCCAGUCUGAUCCUUUCCUGAUAUUUGAGGCUUCAGUUCCCUUUUCCAGUAAACAAUGAAAGUUCUGUUGCUGAAAGAACCUAAAGAAAGUGAAAAUGGACAAGACCCCUAUGUAAAAGAACUGGGUUUACAUGGGCUUGAAGCAACUUUGAUACCAGUUUUAGCAUAUGAAUUUAUUUCUCUUCAAACUUUCUUUGAAAAGCUUUUUCAUCCUGAACAAUAUCAGGGGCUAAUUUUUACUAGUCCAAGAGCUGUGCAAGCCAUCAGGCUAUGCCUGCAGGAUAAUUGUAAAGGAGAAGUUUGGAAAAAAUCUCUGAGAGAAAAAUGGAAUACCAAAUCAGUUUAUGUGGUAGGAAAAGCUACAGCUGGACUAGUGGCUGAAAUAGGCCUGAUACCACAAGGAGAAAACUGUGGAAAUGCUGAAAAACUCGCUGGAUACAUUUGCUCCCGGGAGUCGCCCAAUUCAUUGCCUUUGCUGUUUCCUUGUGGUACUCUCAAAAGGGAAAUACUUCCAGCAGUCCUUGGAGAAAAAGGUAUUGCACUGGAAGGCCUUACUGUUUAUCAAACAACUCAACAUCCUAAUCUUCAAGAAUCCUUGAGGAAUUAUUUCUCACAACAGGGGGUUCCUGCUAGCAUCACAUUUUUUAGUCCAUCUGGUGUCAAGUAUUGUCUGAAGCAGAUCCUGACAUUGUCCGGUGAUCUCAUGCCCCAGAUUAAGUUUGCUGCUAUAGGUCCAACAACAGCUGAAGCAAUAGCAGCUGAAGGAAUCUCAGUGAGCUGCACUGCCAGCAGUCCUUCACCAGAGGAUCUCACCACUGGUAUUAGAAGAAGUCUCCAGCUGUAGAAUUCUUGCCACAUUUUGAGGCUUUCUGCGCUUGAAAUUAUGCAGCUUGGCAGUAGUAUCCCUCAAAUGAAAAAUGACUUCCUUGUAAUGGGAAGUGUAUGGCUAUUCCUAGUAUUCAUGAGGAUAAGAAGUCAUGCAGUCUCUGUCUUGUAAGAUGCUGUACACCUUUAUAUUGUAUUAACAGUGGUGACUGAUGCAAAUUUCAGCUAAGCUCAACUGACUAUAACGGCAGUCAGCUUAUAUGGUCAGUUCCUUCAAUCUUACCCUGAUAAAUAUGAAACCAAGUGCUACUGUGUUUUCAAAAUAGUAACAAAGCAUUAGAUUCUACUUUGCCUUCUCAUCAGACCUUAGAUUUUGUGUAACCUUUUAAUUGUCCAAAUAAAUGUUUUGUUGCAUUUAAACACCUUCCAGAAAUAGACUUCUAAAGAACACUUUACCCAGUACUGAUAGUUGAUCCUUUGUAAUGCUUUCUGUGCACCUGACAACCAGAUUUUGAUCAUUGUGCAUGCAGUAGCAAAUAGACAUGACAUUGAGGUCACUUUGUCAUAAACUAAGCAGGCUGGCUUAGAUUGAGCCAUAUAUGCGGCUGAUAAGCAUUCUGUUUAUUAACCAGCUUGUUUUCAUACAACAAAAAUGGUGUUGCCUUGUAGGAGGGAGAAUUGUUAUGAAGUCAUCUUUCCAAUAAAAGUCCAAAUACCAUCUA